AUGGCGCCGGCGCCGUCGAGGCUGCUGGCCGAGCCCGGGCUCGGGGCGCUCCCGCGGCGGGCGCUCGCCCAGUACCUGCGCCUCCUGCGGCUCUACCCGGUGCUCACCAAGGCGGCCACCAGUGGCAUUUUGUCAGCACUUGGGAACUUGCUGGCCCAGAUGUCUGAGAAGCAGCAGAAAAAAGAAAACUGCUCUCAAAAGCUAGAUGUCAGUGGGCCUCUCAGAUAUGCCAUUUAUGGGUUCUUCUUCACAGGGCCACUGAGUCACUUCUUCUACCUCUUCCUGGAGCACUGGAUCCCUUCCGAGGUCCCCUUGGCAGGGGUCAAGAGGCUCCUCCUGGACCGCCUCCUCUUUGCACCGGCCUUCCUGUUGUUGUUCUUCUUCAUCAUGAACUUCCUGGAGGGGAGGGACACGGCCGCCUUCGCUGCCAAGAUGAGGAGUGGAUUUUGGCCGGCGCUGCGGAUGAACUGGCGAGUGUGGACCCCGGUGCAGUUUAUAAACAUCAACUAUGUCCCUUUGCAGUUCCGGGUGCUUUUUGCCAACGUGGUGGCUCUGUUCUGGUAUGCCUACCUGGCCUCUCUGGGGAAGUGAAGAUGGCCUGGAGAGAAUGUCAGACGCACUGCUGACACAGGUCCGGGGGAAACGCUCAUCUGCCCAGGGUGAGAGGAGAAACAACCCAGCCCGGACUCUAUUUGACUCUAGAUCAUGUGAUUCAAGAUGCUCUAAAAUGAAGGAGAAAUAGAAACCUAUUAAUGUCAGAAUCUUGUGUUUUAAAAAGGCAAUAGCUGUCUUCAGGUGUUGCUGCCCUAGAAACUUAACACACAGUAGAGAUGAUUUCACUUGUCACCUUGGAUUGAAUUAGGAUCACAAUAAAAUUUAAAGUAGCUUUUUC